UUAUUAAAAGUAUGAGUAUCUAGAGGAGCGACACAUCGAAUAUGGUUACAGUACAGUGAAAAACUUGUCGGUGUCUACUAUCGUGAAGUUGCAAUUUUUGUACGACUUACAGUAAAGAAUACGCAGUGGAAACAGUAUCAGAAUAAUUUGUGCAAUAAAAACCUUGGUAUUGUAAAGAUCAAACAGAAAACAAAUUACAAAACUAAAUGACGUAGAAUGUAAUGCACUAUAAUAUACAUAAACAGGAUAAUAAGAAAAUGUUGCACAUUCCUAAAGCUAAAGUAAGAUGAAAAUGGAGUACAAAAAGUGCGCUUCGUUCCUUACACGAACGUUAGAUGAGUAACAGCUUUCCUCGUGCAAAUCGUAAAGAAGAAGACUAUGACGUUCAGAGACGUAAAGCAUCCUGCGCGACGUUUUCUAAGAAAAAUCAUUGAUUAUAGAUUAAACCUGUUUACUCAAUGAAAUCUGUAACGGUAUAUCGGAAAUAUGAGUCCACUUACCUCCAUAAAUAAUUAAUAAACAAGAGCACAUAUAAACAAUGUGCUACUACAUGUGAGGGAACACUAUCUCGCACGAAUCACGCAAAUGUUCCACACAAAUUAACGAUCACUGCAUACUGCUAUAUUCACACAAAUACAAAUAAAACAAACAAUACAGAAGCUAAAGGAAACUACAAAAAGAUUGUUUAAGCUUAAAAUCUCAACUAUAACAAAUUUUGUACACUAUUUUAACCCCUUCCCGUACUUUCAGUCCUAAUAUUUGUCACUGAAUUAUCAAAUAGUAAGUGGACAAAUCUUUAACCCCUUCCUGUACUUUAACGAGUCUGACUCGCAAAAGUACGUGAAGGAAUUCAACAUUUGUCCACUUACUAUUUGAUAAUUCAGUGGCAAAUAUUGGGACUGAAAGUGAGAAGAUCCUGAAACAUGGAUACAAUAAAUAAACAAAGGAAUGAAAAUGCGAUCAAUAAAGGGUUGAAUAAGAUGAAUACUUUGGAGGAAUUCUACGCCGGUAGUGGGAUUCUUGUGACUGGAGCAACUGGUUUCGUGGGAAUAGGUCUUCUGGAAAAACUAAUGCGCGUAUGUCCACGCAUCACUGCUAUUUAUAUUCUAAUUCGUCCAAAAACGAACGAAACGAUAAAACAACGAUUUAAAAAGAUCAUGGAUGAUCCCAUUUAUGAUGGCAUUAAAGCAAAGAACCCCUCACUUUUCAGCAGAGUUUAUCCUGUGAAAGGUGACGUGAGUCUGCCGGAUUUAGGUCUUUCUCGAGAAUAUAGAAAUCUGUUGGUAGAGAAAGUAAACAUAGUGUUUCACGUCGCGGCCACUGUUAGAUUCAAUGAGCCAUUACACGUAGCUGUUAAUGUGAAUACGAAAGGUACUGCUCGUGUGAUCCAACUUUGGAACGAAGUAAGGUAUCCAAUUAGCUUCGUACACGUGAGCACAGCAUACAGUAAUGCGAAUCUACAUGAGAUUCUGGAGAAAGUUUAUACCACGAGCUUGAAACCUUCGGAAGUAAUAGAUAUGUGUGACAAAUUCGACAAAACGUCGAUCAACGAAAUAGAAAAAAAGAUUUUAAAAACUUAUCCAAACACAUAUACAUUUAGUAAGAAUAUGGCAGAGCAGAUUGUAGCAAGCAAGUGCAGAGAUCUACCAGUUGCUAUAGUGAGGCCAAGCAUAAUUGGUGCGUCCUUGGAAGAACCAUAUCCUGGUUGGAUACAGAAUAUUUCUGGAAUUACAGGUACCUUUCUGCUAAUCGGCAAAGGAUGUGCAACAGCGAUACGAGGUAGAAGAGAUGCAAGAUUGGAUGUAGUGCCUGUCGAUUUCGUAGUCGACAUGAUAAUAUGUACUGCAUGGCAUGUCACGCUACAUCGUGAUCAUGAAGUUAAAGUAUACAACUGCACGAGUAACGCAUGCCUUUUUAAAUGGGGUCAGAUGAAAGAUACCAUGGUGAAAUGUAGUAUCGAAACGCCACUGAACGAUACAUUAUGGUACCCGGGUUGUCCAAUGAUAGCUAAUAGAUAUAUUUACAACGUUCGCAGUGUAAUUCCGCAUGUUUUGCCUGCGUUCGUCAUAGAUAACUUCUUAAGACUUCGAGGUAGUAAACCAAUAUUGAUGAAACUUCUCAAAAAUGGUAAUAAGCUGUUCACAUCUCUACAAUAUUUCAUUUUGCACGAAUGGACUUUCCAAAGAGAUAACUGUUCCGACUUAGCGAGGAAAGUAAAAAUGUUGAACGACAGCGAUAUGGUCAAACUAGAUUUACGGGAUAUGAAUUGGGAGAAGUAUGUUGCAAUUUACCUGAUGGGAAUUAAGAAAUUUAUUUUGAAAGAAGACUUUAACUCAAUAGCCCAACGACGAUUAUCAAUGUUGUACUGGAUACAUCAGAUCACGAAAGUAUUCGGUAUAAUAAUUUUGCUCUGGGCAAUAUUAUAUUUUGUGUACUGACUAUUUGAACGUUACGUUUUUCUCCUUUAAGCAAAAGCAAUAUAAAUAUAAUUUUACGAAGA